GGUUCUGAAAGGUCAUUUACAAACGAGGUCUUCAUUUAUCGCGUCGAUGGCUUGCCAAUCGGUCUUGAUAGUUGCUGGGCGUAUUGACCCAGAAUCGAAUCAAGAGAAGCUAUCAAAGCUUCUUUACGAUGGCUUAUUGGCUGCAUUUGGUGAGGAUCUGGACAAGUUAGAUGCACAAUUUUUAAAUUGUUUAGCCAAGCCUGUGAAUGCAAUCGAUAGUAAAGAAUAUGGCUUAACAUUGGAGUAUGUUCUUAGUGAAAAUAUUUCCAUCCGUGUAUUAUUUAAUCCAACAUCAGAUCAAUUACGUUUUGGUUUACAAGAAGCACUGAGUCAUGUGAUUGUCAAUAAUAAUUCAGUUGUUGAAUACCCAGUGACUCCAUCAACAUUGGGUAAAGUUUGUAUGGUAUAUAAUGGUCAACUACAUGGUUUUACUGGUGAUUGGUUAUUACAAGAUUCAUCUUUCAGUGGAAACAAUUUACUAUUAUGGCUUAAUAGUGAAGAAGCUAUGAGUUGGUGGCCUUAUUUAAAGAAAUUUUCAAAUUUUGGUGAUCAAAUUAAAUUACAUAUUAUUACACCGAUUGCUGGUACUGGAACAUGUUGGCCAGUGGAUAAAUCUGGUCGUCCACAUACUGUACUUACACAAAUCAAUACUCGUAUGGCUAAGCUUGACAUUCUUAUUGAAGCCAGUUGGCGUUUGAAUGGGAAACCAUUAAAUAUUCAUGGAAAUUUAUCUGGUUUUGAAGGAUUACGAUCAUUUGUUGAUCAUAUCAUACAUCAACAUCCGAUUACUACAAUACAAUCUGAUUUAAAUAGUAUAUCAACUGGUACUGCAUUAAAUACUACACGUCCUGUAAUCUAUGUAUACCCAGGACAUGGAAUAGCAUCACAAUCAUGUGCUUUAUUUGCUAUACAAGGUUUUACAGCACUUUUAGGUGGAAGUUAUACAUCACAAACAAUUCCGAAUUGGUGGUCAAUGGUGAAGCAUUUACCAAAAUUAGAUGUUACUCUUCUUCCUGAUUGGUGUCCAUCAAGUAUUUUGACAUAUCGAUUCAUGACGCAAUUAUCAAAAUCUGGACAGGAUUCAAUUGGUAUAUUGGGUGAAAUAUUAGUGCCACCGGGAAAUACCUCCUCUACAGAAGGAUUGUCCGAUAUAUCCACUGGUUUAAUACUAACUCCACCUUCACUUAUAUCAGGUCCUCAUCAAGGAACUUGGGCUUCAUCAUCUAACUCUUCAAAUGACACCAUCCCUUCUUCUGUAGUUCUUUAUUCAAAGUUGGGUUGGGGUGAAUUAAAACUACAACCUUUGUCACAUCGUUCUGGUCUUGCACUUAUAUGGGAAUCAGUUGUACACGAUUUUACUUCACAGCAACCUUUGUGCAUUGUAAUGCCAUCUGUAUUACCAACGAACACUAAUCCAGUUCAAAAUUUGACACGAUUUAUUAAGGGAUUAUGCCAAAUUCCACAACUUUCUGGUCCAACAUCAAAUCGUACUAUCAAAUCAGCUGUUAAACUUGGAACGAAACAAUUAGUGCGAGCUCAACCUGCACGUCCUUCUAAACCUACUUUACAUACAACAGGACAGAAAGAGACAAUUACAUCAAAAACAGUUAAUUCUGUAAUGAAUGUUAAGCCAUCACCAACUAGACCUAUUUCAUCAACUCCUAAUCAUAAUCAACGAACAACGACUACUACUCCAUUGAAGACACCAUCAUUAGCAGGAAAUCAAUUGAAAAAACCAAUUAGUGAGAAUACAGCUAACUCUAAAUUAAUGAAUAAUUCCCAUGGAGUUGAUUCUCAUCAAAAACGUCCAUUAUCUUCAGUAGACACAAAGAAGACAUUUAAUACAUCGAAACCACAUGUUCCAACAACGAAAUCUGUUAAUGGUGAGUUGAAAACAACUAAUCGGCCAUUGUCUGGGCCUAAAACAACACCGCUAGGCAAACCGAAGACUACUACUACUACUAUGGCAGAACGUUUGACAGCACAUUCCAAUCUUGUUAACCAGCAUGGAUCAAAAGCUCCUCCUCGUAAAUCAGAGCCAACAACACACCUAUCAAAUAAAUUACAAACAAAGAAGGCUUCUAAUUUAAAUGUGACAAGUAAUCGUGUACCAAACGCUAAACCUAUUAAAGAAGAAUUAGAAACAAUUGAACAGACGGCAGAAUUGCUUAAUUCCUCCUUACCCCCUGUGACACUUCAGAAUAUAUCACUUAAUAAUGAAUUAACACCAGUCGAUCCAAUGUUAAACAGUUUGAUGAAAUCAUCUAUACAUGAAAACUCAGAAAAUCAUUUAGACAAUUUAUCACUAACAAAUCAGUUUGUCAUGGCAGAUAAUGAACACAUCAUUUCAACAGGAACAUCAUUACAAAAGGAAGAAGAACCACUAGAAUUAGUAGAACAGCCACAACAUGAAGUAGAAGAAAAAGAAGAAGAGUAUAAAGUACAUAAAGUGUUAAAAGAAAAUCAAAUGCUGGCGGAAGAAUCCGAUGAGCAAUUGACUAUUGACUUAGAAUGUGAAUUAAAACCAGCUACUCCAUUAUCGUGUGAUGACUCAUUAGCCGAAAGUGAAGAAGUGGAAGACGAGGUGGUGGAAGAAGAAGAAGAAGAACAUGAUCACGAAGUAGUAGAGAAGGAAAUGAAUUCUUAUAAUCUAAAUCAAUAUGAACAAAAUCAAGUAACCGAAGAUGGAAUGGUAUCUUCAUUAGGAUUUCAUGAUAUGCAAUCUUAUAAAACACCAUUUGAUACUCCAUUUGAUGUAGAUGUUACAGAAUCACCAACUGUUUUUGAAACUGAUGUUAAUAAAUCUGUAGGUAAUAGUGUAGUAAUUGAACAAUAUGAAUCACAGCAUUUAGAACAAAAAGUAAAAGAUGAAUUAAAUAGAAAUGUUGAUAUCGAAGAUAACCAAACCUAUGUGAAUCAUUUACAGGAAGAAUCCUUACCAUUCACUGUCAACAAACAGUCACCGGUCGAAAAUUCUCACGAUGUAAAGUAUUUGACAGAAAUGCAAGAAACGGGACAAAAUGAUAAUAUUAUUGAGUCUGAAUUCAAUGUAAAUAAUGUUUUAAAAGAACAACAGGUUGCUGAACGCACCGACGAAAAUUUCCAAGACGGAGGUGAACAGCGACGACUAGAGGAGGAGUUUAAUUUAGGCACUCAAGACUUAUCAUAUGAAAAAGAAGAUAUUAUUGACCAUCAUUAUGACAACUCUGUGAGUGUUAUAGGAAAUGGUUUAUCUCCGUUGACCAAUAAAACAUUGAAGUUGGACGAACAAAUGUUCCCAUGUAAUGAUGAUGCUUUUGUAAGUACACCAGGUGAAAUGGAUAAUUCCUUUGAAAAGAUACAAAGUCAACGACCAAUAGAAGAAGGAUACUAUGAACAAAGUAAACAGUAUCCAGAUGAAGAUGAGGCAAUACAAAUAGAAGAUAGAGAAAAGUUGACAAGCUACUCAGUUGAUCAUUCGCAAGAUGAAUUAUCCUCAUUCCAUGCUGUAACAGAUAUUGAUGCUAAUAUAACUAGUGAUUUGAUGCCUGAUUUUACUGAUUCUCGAUUUAGUAACUUGACAGAACAACCUCACUUUAAAGAAGAAGAGGAAUCUGGAAACGAAGAUGAAGGUGAAAUACACUAUCAGCCACAAUCAACAGAAGAAACGUUUAAUGAAAAUAUGCAGGAUGUACAAUGUGUCCAAAGUGAACAAAUUACAGAACAUUUCAACGAUACUACAAGUCAGUUACAGGAUCAACUAUCUCCAUCCACUUUUGAGAAAGAGGUAGUUGAAGAGCCUCAUGAAUUACUACAGUCCUCAAAUAACUUAGACACAGAACAAGAAGUAAUUGGAGAAGCUGAUGAGAACGAAACUGAGCCUAAAAUAAUUGAUUCAAAUAAAAUUGAAGGAGUAAACAUUGUCGGAUCAUCUGAUUUUCUCACAGAAGUUAUUCCUUUAUCUAAUGAACAGAAUAAUUUGCAUAUCAAUCAACCUUAUAGUUAUGUACCUGAAAAUUAUUCACUUCAAAAUAAUGAUGAUGAUAAUAAUGAUGAUGAAUUGACCAAAUUUUCACGAACUGAUGUAGUAAAUGCAAUGAAUAAUGAACCUGUUUACAAUCAAACACACAUCAAUCUCAUUACUGGUGAACAAACACAUUUAACACAGACUGCAGAAGGUGAAGAAGAAGGAGAAGGUGAAGAACAAGUUACUAAUCUUGAUAAUAUACAAUAUCAUGAUGAUGUUAUAGAUCAUUCUUCUCAUACACAUUUAGAUGAAGAAAGUGAGGAAGAAAAACUCGAAAAAUCAUAUACAUUACUAACGGCAAAUUCUACACAGAACUACAUACCUAAUUCCAUUGAAAAUGAUUAUGAACAAAAACAUGAACAAUAUCUACCAGAUCAAGAAACACCUAUUGAUAUGAAUGAUCUACAAUUGGAUCAUCAUAAACAAAUUGAAGAAACUCAUUCAGAUAUUGAUGAAAUGGAAAAAGAGUUUGUCAUACCAUAUCAACAAAAACAAAUCAAUAUUGAAUGUGAUGAAUCCUCUUUAAGUCAUAAAAAUAUUGAUGACAAUAUGAAUUAUAAUAUGACAACUGAUGAAUACAAUAGAACAAUGAAUUCUUAUGAAAUUCACUCACAACAAGAUAUUGAAUCAAAGGUUGGAAAUGUUUCUCUAGAACAAGAUGCUCAAGAGGAUGAGAUGUUACCAGAUCAUUCAUUACUUAGUACAGCAAUGAGUUAUCCUGGUGAUCCUACUAAAUAUCAAGUUGAUUCAAGUACAGAUCAAAUAAUAAAUAAUAUUCAAACUCUAGAAGGAUUUCCAUACAAUAAUCAUUAUUUGUCAAAUGAAAGAAAAGUCGAAACAAAUGAAAUUGACGAAGAAUCAUAUCAAAAAGUAGAUUCAACAACUUACGAAGAAUCCCAUAUUGUUAGUCAUGAUAUACAUAAUGAUAUUGAUAGUCCUGUUGACAUUCACUCGAAUUCAUACCAAGAACUAAAUAACUCAUUGCAUAUAGAUACUGCAACAAAUGUUGAAGGUCAUCACCAACAACAAUUUAUUAGUCCUGAUUCAGAAAUCUUCGAUAAUUCAACCAUACAAGUGCAGCAACACUAUGAAGAACGUGUACAGGAAUGUGAACAUCAGCAAGACGAACAGCAUUCUGAAGCUGAUUUAUUAAUUUCCAGUCUAAAUCGUUCAGUCUCACCAAAUUACAACAUUGUCAGUUCAACACAACAACAUUCAAAUGAAGAAGAAGAAGAAGAGGAUAGAGAUUAUGUUGGGGAUGAUACUGUUGUGUAUCACAAUGAUGCGGUAAUAAUGAGUAAAGAGUCAGAAAUAGAUACUCAUCAGGAUCAGCAUUAUCAACAAUUUGAUGUAGAUGAAAAACUGCUUGAGAAUUCUACAUUAAAUGGAUUUUCAAACUAUUCUAACGCCGUCCACGAACAACAACACCUUUAUUCAGAAAUCCCGACUGAUGACAGUGAAGAAACAAUGAUGCAGAGAAUGACGAUGAUGAUGUCAACAAAUGUUGAUGUAAAUAAUAACGAUAAUGAUGAAAUCACAAAUGAUACUACUACUACUAAAAGUGGCAAUAGUCACGUCAAUUUAGAGCAGCAGUAUUUCAACGGAAACACUAUUUAUCAAACAAAUGAUAAUGUAAACGAUAUCGAUCAUUCCAUGCAUAUCACUCCAACCACUAAUCACCAUCUUCAAGACAGUGAUAGUGUAUAUACAAACGGAUAUAAUGUCUGUGCCAAUGGUAAUGAUUAUUCCAACUUGAAAACAAAUGAGAUCAAUGAAAAUGGGAAUCAAGAUGAAAUCUAUCAGAAUCAAUGGAAUAAGAAUAAUAAUCAUUAUCUUUCAGAGACAGCAAUUGAUGAUAUGAACUUUUCAAAAGAUUCAGCAAGUGAUUAUAUGAAAGCAACACAUAUGACACAUUCAUGUCAUGAAGAAGAAGAUGAAGAACGUUCAUCAUAUAUGAUCAUGACUACAACUCCACCACCAUCUGCUACAUCUACUACAGCUACUAUUACUACUCCAUCAAAAGAGAUGGAAAACUUUGGUAAAUUUUUCAUUGAUAAAGAUCAAUUUUUACAAAAUAUACAUCAGAAUACAUCAUCUCAUUGUAGUCCAAGUGAAGAAAAAUUUGAUCCAUUAAAAGCUUGGGGUCAUCCAUUGGGUUUACCAGCACCAGUUCCGCCAACUACAAAUCAUUCAAAAUGUAAGUUUAUGAUUAUGUUUAUUAUCUUUUUUUUUAUUUUAUUUUGUUAUAAGUAGUAUAACAUUCUAGAUAGAAAGUAAAAAAAAAAAUGAUUAAACUUAUUGAGAAUUAUUAGCUUUUGUGAUUAGAAAUAUUUGAAUUGGAUAGCAACUAAUUUCGAGACAUCAACUUGAUUCUCUAAAAUCUUUCAGAAUUCAUUCUUGUGUCUUUACUCAACAUGAUGAUGUGGUUUUUUAAUUUUUUUUCAGUCUGAAAAUUCUUGAAUAUACUGCGGUUUUAGAAAUAAAUAAAAUGGAUACCUACUAAAGCUGAGUCAAGUAGUUUUACAUCAGCAUACUAUGGAGCCGCCUACUAUUUAUGCUGUCAUUAAGUUACCUCAAGAAAAUGUUUUAUUCGAUUACCAUUCUCUAAGAAGCUAAAUGAUUUGAUUAUUAGUAAGGGUUGUGGAGAUAGUUGAACUUCAUUGAAAUCAUGAAUUGAUUCAAUUUAGACCACCAUUGAAAUCCAUGUCAGGAGUGAAGCAGUUACCAGCUGAAGACAUUGGGAAGUUGUCACGCAUUGUCGUGGAUUGAUUAAAGUUAUACACUAACUCCGUUGGAUGUCGGCCCAGUGAUUAGGUUUUUUUGCGUGAGACCGAAGUUUCUUGGCUCGAUUACCGAGUGCGGGGUCAAGGAAUCGCACUACUGGGGAGUUCUCUACUAAGACGAAACAACAAUUCAGUGCUUCCAGUUUUUCAUUGGUGGUCUAAUAUUGAUCAACUAAUGAUUUCAAUAAAAAUAAACAAUUUGAAUCCUAAAGCUUUAAGUCUGUAUAGGCAACACCAACAACAGAAUAGAUUUCAGAAAGAAAUUAGCUUUUAAAUUUUAUCCACAAUUGACUGACAGUUUGUUCUGUUGACAUUUGCAUGUAAGUGACUUUUGUCAUCGAUUUUGGCGUCAUUAUCUUCACUUUUAUUUUAUAAGUAACUUUAUUAAAAUUAAACUGAAUGUCAGUUUUGUCCCAAGGGGGGGAAUUUUUCUGUUGAUAAAUAUUUUUUCUUUCACUAUAAUAUGCUUUUUGUUUUACUCUUAGAUACUAGUAAAAAGAACUGUCUACCAGAUUUAAGGAAUAUUGAUAUCAUAUUAUGUCUAUAGCAACAUUUUUCAAGGUUUUGUUUUUUUUUUUCUUGAUGAAUCUAUGUCAAUUCAUUGACUUCUAAUACAGUCGGUAAUAUUUCUCAAUUAAAAUUAGUUGGUAUUAAAUUGAAUUUGGGAAUUGUGUAUUUUUCUUCAUUCAAUUUUGUUUCUCUCAUUGAUGAAGAGUUUUCUUUAAACUGUCAUUCAUCAGUCAUUAAAUCUGCUUUCAGAUGAAUAUCAUCUUAAAACUUCAACAUUUUCCCCUAUGAAACUCGGAUUAUACUUCUAGACUAAAUCCCAUAGAAUUUCAAAUGUGAAGACAGUUUGUGUGUGUGUGUGUGUGUGUUGGGUUCCUCACUUAUUCCUAACUGGAAUUAUUCACGUUUAAACAUAUGAAUUUCUUUUGUUAUUUAUAAUUGUUCUAGCCUGUAAAUUAAUCGAUAGUUUACAUUAUGAGCAUUGGUUUCCAGUAGAGUACCUAAUUGAAAUUAUCUUUUAGUAUAAAAGAGCUCAUUUGUUCCACUUUCAUACAGUUUUUAAUCAAUAGCCACUCUCCAAUAGUCUACAUCUCGAUUGUACUAUCACUUUUUCAUUAAACAUAAGCUUUACUUAAAUCCUGAACUCGAUUGUCUUCACAUAUUACAGCUUCUCACUAGAUCAUUUUGUAUAAUCUACAACUUUAUAUGGUUUUAAAUGUGUUAGAUAAACAUAUUUUGAAAUGCUUCAUAAUUUCUAUUCGUAUUCUUCAAAUGAUGUGUCAAUUCAUGAGGGAAGGUGUCAUGUUUAAACGUUACAAAUGUUUACUUGAUGAUACAUUGUUUCUAUUCGUAUCUAAAAUUAAUUGAAUAUGACGAAAUCACUCAUGAUCAAGAUCACAUUUAUCUACCUACUCAUUUAUGUUGCUAACGUCAUUGUGAUUAUUAUUAUUAUUAUUGUUACCAUGGUUACUAUUGAACAAUUUUUAUCGAACUCGUACGAUAGCGACUUGUCGAGGUCACUGGCUUUUUUUUUUCAAAAAAAAAGCUCAACAGUAUACAAAAAUGUGUAUUACAAAUUAUUGAAUACAGAUUUAAACAUAUGUAUGUGAAUUAACACGCACACACACACAAACAGUUGAGAGGUUUACAUUGGUUAUUCAAAUUUGAUGUCCUUUGGAAAAUAGUUAGAAAGCAUAGGGUACCGGACAACAGUUUUGUAUUAGUUUAAAAUAUCUAGUCAGUAAGUAUUUACAAAAUAAAAAUAAGAAAUCUACUGUUCGAACUUGUGAUCUCGUGGUUAGAAGACUAACUAUGUACCAUACAAAUAUUAAGCUUCAGUUUAUUGCCAACAUAUCGGGCAAUCUUUACUCAACUUCAAUGAGCCUAGCUAUUUAGUGCUCUUCAGUUUUCAUGAGUAUAAGUUAACAUAUACAUUACUUAUGUUAGCUAGAAGAGAAACAAAAUGAAUGGAUAAAUCAAUACAUGGAAUUAAUUUAUCAAAUCGUUGUCUACUAAUUUAAGAGAUCAGUAUGCACAAAUUUCCUGUUCAAGAUCAAUGAAUUCUUAUGGAAACCAUCAAGUGACACUAAAAUCUGUGAGCGAUAAAGCAGGUGUUGUUACGUCCUCUACUUUAUUACAGCAGAAUACAAUAUACAGCUAAAGGUAUUCAAACGUGUAGAACCCCACUGUCGCAAAUCAGAAGACGGAGGAGGUAGAAGUAGUGAUUAUUAAAUAAGAAUAAAAAAUGGUUAUUAAUAGUUAUUAGCGUUGGUUAUAACAUCAGCUUAUCCGCAAGGAGGCAAAUUAUACUAUCAUCCAAUUGUAGUAUGCCACGUUAAUAUCCUUAAAAGCUCCAUCAAGCGCUAAUCGGAUGAAAACUCUCCAGUUCUUUUAGAGCCUCUUGAGACUUUGUUAUGCUUCCCGAAGCCGUCCAAACAGAUGUAUUCUUCUGUUCUCUUUUGAGAGAUCUGGAAUUUCAACAUUGUUCUAUCUGGUUUCCCAAACUUAUGUUUUUUUCUUUGAAUAUAUUGUGCUACUAUUACCUGGAAAUCUAGUUAGUUUUCCUUAUGUGAUAUGUAUGGUGGUGGUCACUUAAACUAAUAAUAAUAUCAGUAAUUGAAAUCAUGAGUCAAUUGAAGCUAGACCACCAUAGAAAACUUGGAAGCAUUGGACGACCGUUUCGUCCUAGUAUGGGACUCCUCAGUAGUACGCAUCCAUAAUCUCGCCCCCGCGAGAUUCGAACCCAGGACCUAUCUCCACAAAACCCCUUCUGAUAAUAAUAAUAAUAAUAAUAUGUUUAACAUUGAUCGAUUGUUGAAUCAUGAUUACUCAUACUUCAGUUGUUUGAUAAAACUCCAGAAUAAAGCAACUAUCCAUUGGGAUUUGAUUUACAGUAAUUUUUAAUUUUAAAUAAAAAGGAAUAUUCAUUCGUACUAGUAAUAGUUGGAUGAAAAUUUGAUUUGCUACUAAGUAAUGACAGGAUUCAAUUGUUUUCUUCCAGUCUUGUACAGUAUGUAUUUGUAUGUCUAUCUCCAGGUAUGUGUGUGUACGUGUAUGUAUACUUGCGUUUGCGCAUAUCGGUUUCUCCGGAAUGAAAUUGGAAUGAUCCUUCUUAACAAAAAUGAAAUAAUUAGUAUAUGAUAAAAGUUCUUGUUCAUUAAUUUGAUUUACAAAAAAAACAACCUCUUACCAGUGAAUUCGAAUAACAUGGAAUAGUCAUGGUAAUUAAAAUGAAAAAAAAAAACAACAACAACCAACUAUUCAUUGUUAUUGUUAUUUCGAUUAGUCAGCACCAUAUUGAUUUCUGUCUAUUAUACAUGUAUAUGUCUGUUGUUAUAGUCUAUCCCUUUUAUGUGUGUACGUGUAUGUCUCUGUGUAUGUAACUGAUCUUAUGGAGGAGUGUGCGUGUAUGUACCCAAAUUUUUGUAUUUGUAUGUCUCUAUGCAUGAUUAAUGUGUCUUUUUUUACCUUAAUCUUAUUUAAUAAUAAUCAUUCAAAUCACCUGUCCAUCUAUCUAUUUGUUUAUGUCUUCUAUUUAACUUGUUUAUUUGUAUUUUAU